AUAAGGUUAAAUUAUUUCAGAAAUAACCCUGAAUUGAACUUGUGAAUUCAAAAUAUAAAAUGAGCUACGCAAUGCAGGGGAGCCUUUCAAGGGGCGGGGGCUACCAGCCUCAGGGGGACCCUAAGGACCCCACCCUCAUGUGGCAGCAGGGGCACUACAUGGGCCCCGAUUCUGGAAUCCAUUCAGGGGCACAAACCCAGGCCCCUUCACUUACAGGUCAUGAAGAGGAUAUGGAUACCGGGGGUCAAGACCAGGUUAUAUUUGACAUGGACCAGGGAUAUAACCAAUCCUACACUCAGGACCAGGUUGAUGAGAUGAAUCAACAGCUCAAUCAAACCAGAUCCCAGAGGGUUCGAGCUGCCAUGUUCCCGGAGACCCUGGAUGAAGGAUUAGAGAUUCCUUCCACCCAACUUGAUCCUGCUCAACCAACUGCAGUUCAGAGACUAUCAGAACCAUCACAGAUGUUGAAGCACGCUGUGGUGAACCUAAUUAACUACCAGGAUGAUGCCGACCUCGCCACCAGGGCGAUCCCUGAGCUGAUCAAGCUGUUGAACGACGAGGAUCAGGUGGUCGUGUCCCAGGCCGCCAUGAUGGUGCACCAGCUCAGCAAGAAGGAGGCCUCUAGGCACGCUAUCAUGAACUCUCCCCAGAUGGUGGCCGCGCUUGUGCGUGCCAUCUCCAACACGAACGACCUCGAGUCGACCAAGGGAGCUGUUGGAACCCUGCACAAUCUCUCCAUGCAUAAACAGGGUCUCCUUGCUAUAUUUAAAUCCGGAGGUAUACCUGCCCUCGUUAAACUCCUUUCUUCUCCUGUUGAAUCUGUUCUGUUCUACACUAUCACCACCCUGCACAACCUCCUGCUCCAUCAGGAAGGAUCUAAAAUGGGUGUCCGACUAGCUGGAGGCUUACAGAAAAUGGUCGCUCUCCUUCAGAGGAACAACGUCAAGUUCCUGGCCAUAGUAACCGACUGCCUGCAGAUCCUGGCCUACGGGAACCAGGAGAGUAAACUGAUCAUUCUGGCAAGCCAGGGACCCCUAGAGCUGGUUAGGAUUAUGAGGAGCUACACCUACGAGAAGUUGUUGUGGACUACCAGCAGGGUGCUGAAGGUUCUGAGUGUGUGCUCCAGCAACAAGCCUGGUAUAGUAGAUGCUGGAGGUAUGCAGGCUCUAGCUAUGCAUCUUGGACACGACAGUCAGAGAUUAGUACAGAACUGCUUGUGGACAUUGAGAAAUCUUUCUGAUGCUGGAACUAAGAUAGAGAACUUAGACAAUCUGAUGCAGGGUUUGGUACAGUUGCUUGGUUCAACUGAUGUCAACAUUGUGACCUGUGCUGCUGGAAUCCUUUCCAACCUUACCUGUAACAAUCAGAAAAACAAGGUGAUAGUUUGCCAGGUUGGAGGGAUUGAAGCUCUGGUCCGAACUAUAAUUGCUGCUGGAGAUAGAGAGGAGAUUACCGAACCUGCUGUAUGUGCACUAAGACAUCUAACAUCCAGGCAUCCUGAAUGCGAGGUUUCCCAAAACACUGUGAGGCUGCAGGGUGGCCUCCCAACCAUCGUGAGGCUGAUGCAUCCUCCUUCAAGAUGGCCUCUGGUCAAGGCUGUUAUCGGAUUGAUCCGUAACCUAGCUCUGUGUGCUGCUAACCAUGCUCCGCUCAGAGAGAACGGUUCCAUCCCUCGCCUAGUUCAUCUUCUCAUCAGAGCUUUCCAGGAUACUCAUGGGAGAUCCCGUAACUCUGGUUCCGGACCCGCUGGUUCCUAUGCUGACGGUGUAAGGAUGGAAGAAAUAGUUGAAGGAACUGUAGGGGCUCUUCAUAUCCUGGCUAGGGAGGCACAUAAUAGAGCAAUUAUCCGCGGCCUGUCCGUGAUCCCAAUCUUUGUCCAGCUGCUCUACAACGAGAUCGAGAACAUCCAGAGGGUCGCCGCAGGGGUUCUGUGUGAGCUUGCUGCUGACAAGGAGGGAGCAGCUAUGAUUGAGCAGGAGGGCGCUACUGCUCCUCUAACAGAGCUGCUUCACAGCAGAAACGAGGGCGUAGCAACUUACGCGGCAGCAGUUCUAUUCCGUAUGUCUGAGGAUAAGGGAGGAGAAUAUACCAAGAGAUUGAGCCAGGAGCUCAGGAGCUCACUUUAUCAGAGGGGACAGGAGGAGAGCCUCUGGGGGAAUGAGCAUAUGCCCCCUGCAGAUUUACAGGAGAUGCUAGGAGUAGAAGGUGUUUAUGGACAGGGUCCACCUUCUGUAGCUAGUGGGCCACGUAACUACGCACAUACAGCACUAUCUCGAGGAGGUUACCCCAGGCGGGCUCCUAGAGGGGUGCUCAGGGGCCCCGAGGUCAUUUACGAGUCGGUAACCCGGGGUUCCAGGGGCCCCGAGGAGGGUAUAUAUGGGGUAGGGGGUGGUAUAUGUCAGCAUGGUUGGGGGACAAUAAGUCUGACCUCCCUGACCCCCUCCAACUAUUCUAUAUGUAAUAUAUCAGGAUAUGAUGGGGUACCAGUAGACGGUAUGCAAGGUCUGGAUAUAGGUUCUCAUCCAGGAUCCACAUAUGGACAGGUUCAGGAUAUGGAUAUGGGAGACCAUAUGAACUAUGAUUCAGACCUUCCCCAACCCCCUCAGGAUAAUAAUCAGGUGGCAGCUUGGUAUGACACCGAUCUUUGAAGAGUUCAAGUUUAAUAUGUAAAUAAAACAUCAAGUAAUAAUAAUAAUGUAAUAAUACUUGCGAAUAUUUGGCAAGCCUGGAUUAUCCGCGGAUAAUCUAGAAGUUUGCCAAAUCUUUAGUUUGCAAACUUAUUAUCUUGUGCCAAAUCUUAGAUUUACUGUCAAUCCUACAAACACUAGCUGCCUAGCUGGCCGGGCUAGUUUCAAACCAAAAUUUUUACUUCAGUUGAAUUUUAUCUCUUGUUCCACAGCCCCACGUUGCUUCCUUUUUAUGUGAUAUAAAUCCUUUUAAAAAUUUUAUUUCAAAUACUAAAAUACUUUUUUACGUUUUAUUUCGGCACAAUCAUUAAAUUAGGAUAAUGUUAUGAUAACUAUUUUUUUUGUGUAUAAUCAUGUAUUUUGUUUGUCCAAUUUUGUAAAAUUUUGUCUCAACAAAACGAGACAAUUUCAUUGCACGGUGUACUAUUUCCUAGAAUGCGGUGUGCAUGUUUUUCGAAUCUGUAAAUACUUUUUUUACAACACCCUGUAUGCGUGAAUAUUUUAUUGAGCCUCGGUAUUAUAUUUACGUCAACCUGUUGUAUCAACAUAUUAGUAUGUUACCCAUAUUUGUGUGUCACCCUGUACAUACAAUGUUUUCCCUAUUUAUUGUAUGAUGCUACCAGUCCUUCCUGGUAGUUGAUUAGUUGACUGUUAGGACGAGACAUUAUUCAUAAUUAUUAAAAAUUCAGAAAUAAAGCAUUUUCUUCAUUUAAA